GCAUGAGCCAGCCAGCAGCACCGAUCGAUCCACUCAGACUUGCCAACGUUCCUCUCCUCGCUCUCGUGCGGUGGUGGGAGUUGUUAGAAAUCCGAGUGUGCUCGACGCCCCACUCGUAUCUUUUGAACACGAGCACCGAGACCGUUGUAGUCGGUCCGCUCCAUCUCCAUCACGCACCUUCUCCCACCGUUCAUCUUCAUUCCAAUCCAACGCAUGACCAGAGUAUGACGCAAGCAGUCGCAGCAGAUGCUCUCGUGGUGGGGGCAGGCUGGGCAGGAACCGUAGCAGCACUGCGACUGGCCGAGGGCGGUAAGAGGGUCAUCGUGCUAGAGGCUAGACAGAGAGUAGGAGGCAGAGCCUUCACGCACACUUGGACACCCGACACCAAGUUGGAGGACAAUUCUAGAAACACGGAACCGUCUGCGCAAGGUGGUAAGCAGUGGGCCGUGGAUUUUGGUUGCUCUUGGAUACAUGGAUACAAGGAGGGCAACCCUGUCAAGGCGCUGGCGGAAAGGUACAAUAUUCCCGUGCACAUCCCGAAGCCAACCGCCUCCCAAAUUAUAGGGCCUAAUGGUCCGUUGGCGGAAACCUUGUCAGCCAAAAUCACGGAAAAUCUCGGUAAAGCCCAAGCAGCGGCAAAGUCUGCGCUUUCUGACCAAGGGCAAACGACCUCGGCCGACAAGUCGCUAGCUUCCAUCGUACUGGCUGCUGACUCACCCUUGUAUGCCGGGCUGAACGACUCGGAGAAGGAGCUGGCAGCGAGUCACGCUCGGCUGUUGCACGUGCCUCUCGGCAUCACGUUGGAACAAGCAGCGUCAUUCGGAUCCGACAAGGCUUUUGGAGGAACGGACGGUGCUCCAGAAGGAGGCUUCACGCGUCUCGUCAAAUCCUUGAUCGACGAUGCCAGCUCCAAAGGUGCAAAAUUCAAGCUGGGAGAAGUGGUGCAGCAGAUUUCGCCAUUGGAAAACGGCCAGGGUGUGAGGGUGAGGACGGAGAAUGCGGAGAGCGGCGAGGAAGCACUGUACGAGUCGGCCUCCGCUAUCGUCACCAUACCACACGCCGUGCUGCAACAGUCGCUUGGCAUCUUUCAACCUAGCUUGCCGGCGGAACGCGUAGCUGCUAUCAAACGCACCACGGUGGGCAAUCUCAACAAAGUCCUUUUGACCUACACAGAGCCGUGGUGGGAUGCACAAAUGAGUACCUUUACUGUUCUGGCUACAGAGAAGGGGGAGGUAACACCCGACACUCCUUUGAGGGACGCGCUAGCUCGUACCACCCUCAUAGUCUCGUCCUUGUGCGCUCCCACUGGUCUGCCCGGCGAUUCGACUUCACUCCUCGUCAUGAUUGGAGCAGACGCUGCCAAGACCAUCGAACGCCAUGGUCGACAAGAAGCAGCUCAAAUUGUUCACGACUACCUCGUCCCGAAGUUGGCCAGACAAGGCGCCUCUCCUCAGCAGCCCAAUCAUACAUUCUACAGCCGAUGGGCUAAGCGUAAGUCGGAGGCAGCAACGACGUACGAGGCCGGCCAAAGUGGGGCUCAUGAGCAAGUGUACUGAUUUAAACAUGUGUGCACCUCAUCUUCGCUCUCUGCGACCGACGAGCAGAGGCUUUCACAGGCGGAGCUACGACGACCCCAUUUGCGGUUGGAGGAGGAACUCGGCAAGACCUUACGGAGCUAUCUCGCCCUCUCUGGAGCGGUGCAUUGCGUUUCGCUGGUGAAGCUACCGAACCGGACC